ACAUUUCUGCGUAAAUUCACCACCAAUUUUGAUCUUGUCGACACUUCUGGUUCUCCUGACCCCUCUGUCGUCGUAGGCGGAUAUAACUUCGAACCAACGAUGGUGUUAUAUAAAAGUGUGAGCACUCAAAAUGGAGUGACAGACAUGUCCGCGAUGGAGGUGUGGAUCAUCAUCAAGCCUUCCGUGCGACAAGACCCCUUCAUCGACCCGCCGCCAAAUGAGGACUUCACCGCACCGAUACCUUGUCCUGAGGAGGAACUGCUGCCAUAUUGGGACACUAAAAGAGAUUACUAUCCCACAUUUGAGUCCUCCGACGAGCAGUGCAUUUCAACCCGCGCACAUAUGGUGGCGUGCACCAAUGCCUUCUUCGCAACUCAGUUCCGUCGCUUUGGAUUUUCCAUUCUCCUCUGCGGCUCCUGGGCACGUUUUGUGUACUGGGACAGCUCUGGUGCUGUCGUGUCUCGGCAGUUUGAAUACACGAGCAAUUUCACCCUAUUGGGUGAGUUCCUGUGGAGGUUCAAUCGUGCGUCGCCUGGGAACCGUGGCGUCGACGUAUCUGUGGUUCCCGUUUCCCUUGUGGAGCCUCAAGACAGCGUUGUUCGUGAGCUGCUGGGCGUUGGGAGUUCCGACCCUCUGUGUGGAUACAUUGUUCCCGUCGAUACCGCACUUCAAACAUCCAAAGAUGUGAAAGACCCCCCUCAAACUACCUACCACUUUUACGUCGGCCCACGCCCCGCCCCAAAGCAGUGCAACCUACUCGAGCAACAAACUCGUAGUUUCCAUGUUUGCGACCUUGCACAAAAAAAAGUCGGUUUCUUCAAGGAAACUUGCAGACUUGAUAUCCAAGGUAUCAGAACAGGAUCAGAAGUAUACCGGAAAUUACAUUCCCAUCGCGUUCCCAAUAUCUCUACCUUCGAGCACGGCGGUGACAUGUCUGCCCUCGGAACAAAAACAAUCACCCAUUUAUUCAGCAAGGCCUGA